GAACGUAAAGAUGGCCUGGUUCGUUGCCUUUCUGAUCAGCAUCACCAUCUUGCUGGCAUCUUGCGAGGAGGUCGUCGAGGUGUCCCUCACCCAGGAGUGCGAAGUCGACAUUUCGAUCGUCUACCCCCCUAAUACACCUGAUCAGGAACCCACAGUCACUUGCUCUACUGCCUGUUCAGCUUCUGAGAUCCAGACAUGGUUCGUGGGGUCGCUGUACCGCAGGGCGAGCAAACUUAAAACUGAAUAUGGACUGAUGGUGAAAGUGGACUACGAUAUUAACAACAUGCUGUCCUGUUCUCUCGUUCCCUUCCAGAAGAAUUCAAAACUCCUGGCAGACUACGAAGAACGCAACAAUGAGUGCACUACUGUUCCUCCAGCCUCUACAGCUGAACCAACUACAGCAACGCCAACCACUACAGCCGAACCAACUACAGCAGCUCCAGUAAUUACAGCCGAACCAACUACAGCAGCGCCAACCACUACAGCCGAACCAACUACAGAAGCGCCAACCGCUACAGCCGAACCAACUACAGCAGCGCCAACCACUACAGCCGAACCAACUACAGCAGCGCCAACCACUACAGCCGAACCAAGUACAACCAGAACCACGUCCACUGCUAAGACCACCACAGAUAUGUUAUCCACAUAUGACUGUUUAUGUUCAGAUGACCAGUCUACAGCUGCACCAGCUACAACAGCUGCAAAAACUACCUCAGACAUAUUGUCCACAUACGACUGUUUAUGUUCAGAUGAGCAGUCCACAGCUGUAACUACUACCACAGCUGCACCAACAACCACAGCUGCACCCACAACCACAGCUGCACCAACAACCACAGCUGCACCAAAUACUACAGCUGCACCAACAACCCCAGUUGCACCAACAACCACAGCUGCACCAAGAACCACAGCUGCACCAACUACAACAGCUGCACCAACAACCACAGCUGCACCAACUACCACAGCUACACCAACUACCACAGCUGUACCUACUACCACAGCUGCAGAAACUAUCACAGCUGCACCAACAACCACAGCUGCACCAACUAUCACACCUGCACCAACUACGACAGCUGCACCUACUACAAUAGCUGCACCAACUACCACAGCUGCACCCGCUACCACAACUCCACCAACUACCACAGCUGCACCUACUACAACACCUGCACCAACUACCACAGCUGCACCUACAACAGCUGCACCCACUACUACAAUUGCACCAACAACCACAGCUGUACCAACUACCACAGCUGCACCUACUACAACCGCUGCACCAAAACCUACUACUAUACCAACAACUACCACAACCACCACAACACCAACAACCACAACCACUACUACAACAACCACCACAACACCAACAACCACAACCACUACUACAACAACCACCACAACACCAACAACCACAACCACCACGACGACCCAGCCACCCACGACCACGGCGUGGGUGUGUCCCAGCGGCUGGUCUCUCUACGGCUACUCCUGCUACCACGUGAGCAGCUCCAGCGGGUCCUGGACGGCGGGAAGGAGCUACUGCAGCGCGCAGGGCGGGUCCUACGUCAAAAUCAGCAGCUAUAAUGAGUGGCUGUUCCUCAGAGGGACCCUGUCGGCCGACACAUGGAUCGGCCUCAACGACCGAUCCAGCGAGGGCAGGUACAGGUGGGAUGCCGACAACAGCGGGGCUUCCUAUACCAAGUGGGCCGGAGGGCAGCCGGACAACGACCGGCCGUGGUACCAGCUGUGGUGGGGCGAUGGCGAGGACUGCGUGAUGAUGCUCAAGUCUUCAAGCUACUACUGGAACGACGCAGACUGCGAUAACAACUACCGAUUCGCCUGCGAGAGGCCCGCCUCGAUCACCAGAGGCUAAUGCAUCGCCACAGACCGACGCUCGCAGACGAUUGCCGAAAUCAGCAUGCACAUACAACGCAUCUGAAUGUGUUGCAAUGAAGACUGAUUUAUGGAAAUUACUAUAAAAUUACUACAUAUAAUCCUCCACUCCUCCACUCGAAUUUUAGUUUACAUUAAAGAAACGGUCACCUC